AGGAAGCUGUUUGACAAAACGAAACUGUCACAGCCUUUUGACAGGAAUAGAUUUCAGCUCCUCUUCGGAUCGGCAGGGAUUGCGCUGCCAAAAAAAAAAAAAAAAAAAAGGAAAAAAAAAAUGCAGAGCAGUGCUUACGGGGCCUCUCUGGCCGGCGGUGCGUUUGACUUAGUGAGCUUUGUCAGACAGCCUCAGACCAUUCUGCGCUGCCUGAGCUGGUUGUUUUCCAUUGUGGUCUUUGCAACCAUCACAGCCGAAGGCUACGUUAACCCGUUAAACAAGGGGGAUGCCAAGUGCAUGUUCAACAACAGCGACAGCGCCUGCAGCUACGGGGUGGGAAUUGGAGUCCUGGCCUUCUUGGCUUGUGUUGUCUUCCUAAUACUGGAUGCCUAUUUCCCACAGAUCAGCAAUGCCAAAGAGAGAAAAUACAUUGUUAUAGGAGAUUUAGGCUUCUCAGCGGCUUGGACAUUCCUGUGGUUCAUCUGCUUCUGUGUCCUGGCCAACCAGUGGUCCAAAACCAGUGCUGAUCUCACUGCUCUCCCAGGUGAUGCCGCCCGGGCUGUCGUGGCCUUCUCCUUCUUCUCAGUCAUCACCUGGGCUCUCUUGUCCUACUUUGCAUAUGCAAGGUAUCGUCAGGGUGUGAGUGAAUUUGACCAGGAUUACAGAGACCCAGCCAACGACCACACUACUGCAUACCCGCCCACCCCGUACGCCAGCGGCCCCACGGGCUACCAGCAGUCGCCUUUCUCCCACAAUCAGGAGCACCCAGGGGAGUACCAACCUCCGUCUUAUUGAAGGACUGAGAUUCAAACACAUGAAUCCAACAGGGGAGUUUUUCUUUUUAAAUAAGGACGUGUGCCAAUAGUUUCACUUACAGCUUGGACUGUUCUCUGCACUCCGAUUUCUUUCCUGCAGAAAGUGUUUGCAUAUUUUUGGGUACACUGAUGUGUUUUAGUUUGUUUCAUUGUUGUAAGUUUGGUGGAUGUUUGAUGCUUGAUGCGUUUUUCACAGUGCCACACACAGCAGGUAUUAUUUUGUUAAAAGGAGAUUGUCUUGGGAAUAGAGAGGAUGAACUUUUGUACCAAGACACCUGUAGUUAUUCCAGUGCCCGUUUGUUUAAUUUUGUUGGGUUGGUUAUAGAGCUCUUAAUAUCAAAGCAGGUUAGGAUUUACCUUGUUGUCUGGAAAUCUGCUUUGCAUUGUUAAGAUGGAAAAAUUAAUUUAAAAAAAAGUUGUUUAGUGCCUUCUUUUAAUUAUUGUCCAAUUCAUAAACAGUAGUUUAAGCAAAACAGUUCCUCUGCAAUGAUUCGUGUUCUUUUUUUUUUCAAACAAACCCAUAUUAUUUAAUCAAUGGGUGCAUUGAAAAUGUUCCAUCUGUAUCUACUGUAAUGCCAUGUUUUUGUUUCUUUUUUAAUCAUCAACCACUGAAAAAUGGCUCUUAUGCACUGAAAAACACGGUUAAUUUCUUUGGGCGCAGUUAAUUGCCAAUAUCUGAUCUAAGAUUGUUAAUUGUAAUGUUUGUUAAUCCAAAUCUGCUACAAUUUAGUUUAGUAUUUAAGGGUGUUUUGUUUUGAGGUAGCCAAACCAUUCUUUUGUAUCCGCUACCUCUGUAGAAGUUCAGUGUGCCUUAUUGAGUUAAGUCACAGUUUAUAAACAUCUUAUCCAGCAAAUGUUGAUUUCAGGAAUUCAGUGAUUUUAUAAUGGAUAUAUUUAUUAUCCUACAUAAAUCUUUCAGUCCAGGUGCAUGACAAUCAAACCAUAAAUUUUUCUACAUUUUUUUCUUCCUGUUGAUUUCCUUGUUUCUCACACUGUACCUUUUACAUGCGUUGCGGUUUUACUGUCAUGCUCAAAGGCUUUGCAAUAUUUCUCCAUUGAAGUGCCUUAUACAGUAUUCUGUAUAACACAGAGUUUGCCAAAUAAAAACUGAUCUCCUUUUGAA